AGCUCUCAUGAAGAGGAGGAAGUCUGCCUGUGCCUUACUAAGUGUCAGAGGGGAGGGAAGGAAACUUGGUGGAACAUUUCCUCAUCUCUGUCCCUCUCUGUCUUUCUACGUGCCCAUUUCACCCAGCUCUCUAACAAAGGUCCAUGUGCUGUCGUGGGAAAGAAAGUGUGGGGACGUGACCGAGUGUGAAGAACAUAGCGUGGAGACGACAACAGCAGCAGCAGCAGCAGCACAGGAGCAUUAAAACACAGCACUGCUUUCCCACCAUACUGCGUCACCAUGCGGAGAUUCAGCUCCGAGGGAAACCUCCUGGAUCUCGACUUCUUCCCGUGGAGGAAGGUGGCACUGAAGAACUCGGACAAUGAGAAGAACCGGAACUCCGGCACCUACACACUUACACACCUGGAGAAGGACAAGGGCGAGCACAGGGGGUCAGCUGGUCUGACGGGGGCGGAGUCCAGUGUGUACGCCGGUGAGAAGAGAGAGCUGACCAAGGAGCACAGCAUCAGCGCGGAGAACAUGAGCGAGAUGGGGAAGCAGAACAAGAACCUCCUGGGAGUGUGUGACCUCAGCGAGAGCUGCAGGGCCUACAGUGACAGUCAGCUGGCUCCUCCCGCCCAGGGCAGCGGCGACAGUGUGGACGGGGGGGACGCGCCUCCCUCCCUCAACCCCUUCUGCUAUCCUCACCAGCAAGAGCAUCACCAUAGAGCCAAACUUUCAACGGCUAAACUGCACCUCAAAAUGCUGUUUGGACAGAGUCCUCACACCUCCAACAACAACCUGUUCAAUGCAGAGCAGAAAGACAGUGCGAAAGAGAGGAGGUCUCGCCUGCUCUUCAUGCGUCAGUGGAGUCAGGUGGGCCACGGCAGGAAGAGGAGGAUCAGCCGGGAAGAGCUGGAAUCGUGGGCUCAGUCUCUGAACAGCCUGCUGGACAGUCCGACCGGCGUUUCGGUGUUUGGAGAGUUUCUGCGCUCCGAGUUCAGCGAGGAGAACCUUCAGUUCUAUCUGGCCUGUGAGCAGUACAGACACUCGUCCAACAACUUCAGUCUUCAGAGGAGAGCCAAGGACAUCUGUGCCACAUACAUCCAGCCAGGCUCUCCCAGAGAGGUGAACCUGGACAGUAAGACCAGAGAGCUGACCAUCCAGCUGCUGCAGGCUCCCUCUCACACGUCUCUGAAUCACGCGCAGAGACGCAUCUACUCCCUUCUCGACAUGGACUGUUAUCCCCGCUUCCUGCAGUCCAGCGUUUACACCUCGUUACUACAAGAGGCCGACUAGUAACCACACACACGCUCCCCGUGUACGAAGUUAGUGUAAAAACAACCAAAAACCCCCCCAAAAAAUGACUGUUGAUACUCACUGGACACUGAGAGGAGGAGAAAUGUAAAUUGGUCAAAUCAGGAAAUGUUUGGGGAGAUCUUGUCAUGGAUGUUUCCGGUACAGCGCACAAACUGUUGACAAAAGAAAUUCCCAAUAAAAAUCCUACUUCUUUCGUUGUUAA